GUUACAACUGAUGGCAGUACCGUUGCCAUUGAUGUUGAAACAGACCAGUUAGUAGGACCGCCGAAAGUCGAACCGAAAUGCUUCACUUACGACAGUUCAUUCCCACCAAGCAUCACCCAGGACGAACUCUACGCUAGCAUUGGGAAGCCUAUUAGAGACUCUGUUCUCAACGGCUUCAACAAUUGCCUCUUUGCCUAUGGUCAAACUGGCAGUGGCAAAACUCACAGCAUCCUCGGCACUGAAGAUUCACCUGGCGUAUUGCGAUAUCUGAUAGAUGAUAUUUUUAGCGCUGCAAAAGAAAAGCAUGAAGGUAAACAGCUGUGUGUGACGGUAUCCUUCUUGGAGAUAUAUAAUGAACAACUCCGAGACUUGCUCGAUCCACAGACGAUACCGGACGCCAUUGCACUGCAACGACGAUCAGUCACUGACAAUCCAAACUCCUUCGCCCAGGUGCCUAACCUUACUGAGGCAGCAUGCGGUUCUCUGGACGAAUGCCUGUCGUUCCUCAAUCUAGGGCUCAAGCAACGAGCCACUGCCCAGACUAACAUGAAUAGUCAGAGCAGCAGGAGUCAUAGUGUGUUUACUAUACGUUUGAGGAAGAGGAUCAGCGCGAGCCAACGAGAGCACAGGACGUCAUCGGUGCAUCUAAUCGACCUAGCAGGCUCCGAGAGAACUAAGAGAAGUGGCGCUGUGGGUCAGAGAAUGAAGGAAGGUCAAUCAAUAAACACAAGUCUGUCAGUGCUGGGGCAAGUCAUAUCGAAGCUCUCGAUCGCUAAGGCUAGCUCGGCAUCACACAUUCCUUUUCGACAAAGCAAGCUCACAUAUCUCCUUACUGAUGCUCUAACGGGGAAUAGCCAUACUUGUAUGCUAGCAGCAGUAUCCCCUGCCCGACACGAUCAGGAAGAAACGCUGUCCACUCUAAGGUUCGCAAGUAGUGUGAAGAAGAUAAAGACAGUAAGAGCAGUGCCCUCAGGAUGCAACCUGGGGAGCUCUC